AGAGUAUACGAGAGUGGCUGUCCAACCUCUUCUACCUUCCACCAUCUUUCUGCUUUAUAAAUUUCAACCUCAAAACAAUCUCAUUUUUUGUUCACCAAUGGAAAACCAAAACCCUCCACUAGAAAACUCUUCUCCCUUCGUUUUCACUCCCACGUCAAUGAUGCAAAACCCUUUGGAGCCUCAGGGCUUGCAUGAUGACAUAGACUGGGUUAACCUUUUCUCUGGCCAAAACAGUUUCCUUGGGGAUGCAAAGGCCACGAUGGAAUACGCUUCUUCUUCGUCUUCAUCGUCGUCGUCUUCGUCAUCCUUGUCGUGUGCUUUGAUGGCAGAAAAUGGUGCUAACAUGGAUGACAAGAAUGAUAAAGAGAAAAGGAAAGGAGGGAGAGUGAAGAAGACGACACGACCCAGGUUUGCGUUUCAGACCAGAAGUGCAGAUGAUAUUCUGGAUGAUGGUUAUCGUUGGAGGAAGUAUGGACAGAAAGCUGUGAAGAACAACAUGCAUCCCAGAAGCUACUACCGGUGCACGCAUCAUACAUGCAAUGUAAAGAAACAGGUGCAAAGGUUGUCUAAAGACACAAGCAUCGUGGUGACCACUUACGAGGGAAUUCACAAUCAUCCAUGCGAAAAGCUCAUGGAAACCCUAACACCUCUUCUCAAGCAGAUGCAGUUUCUCUCUAGGUUAGGUUCCAAUAACAACGCUUCUCCUGCUUCUCUGCUAUAGCCACAACAUUUACACAUAUACAUGUAAUGUAACUCCAUCUAUAAAAAAAUAACUUCAUCUAUCAAGAACCCAAAUUUCAUUACCUGUAUUUACUAUCUUAAUUUUAUUUCUAAUUAAUUAAUUGUUGUAAUUGGGAUGUACAAUAUGUACUGUCCAAGAAUGAUAUAUGGAUUUAUAUUGCCAAU